GUGGGGAGGGGGGGAAAGGCCGGACGCAAAGAACAAUCAGUGUCAGCGGCCGGGAGAGGAGCGGAGCGGUUCGGCGGUGUCAUCGGGCCGCCAGUUCAGAUUGCACAUUGUGUGCGCGUGUGCAUAAGGCAAGAUGGCCCAGGAGACGAAUCAGACGCAGGUCCCCAUGCUGUGUACCACAGGCUGUGGUUUCUACGGCAACCCAAGGACUAAUGGAAUGUGCUCAGUUUGCUACAAAGAAUUUCUGCAGAGACAGCAGAAUGGUGGCCGGAUAAGCCCACCAGCAGCUAGUGGAGGCAGUAGUAACAGUACUUCAAGUACAGAGUCGAUCCCAGUUCAAUGUACAGAAGAAAACCCUGAAAUGUCGGCGGAUACCUCUGUGAAUGCCACAUCUGCCAAAACUAGCACUCCUGUAACACAGCAGAUGACCGCAAUGAGUAUCUCUCAAGACGAACCAAGCACUGAAAGUGAGGGAGCUCUAAAAGUGGAAGUCAUCACAGCAUCAGCUGCUGUGAAUUUAGAAACUGCAGAGAGCUCCACGGAAGGAGAGAAAGUUCCAGAAAAAACAAAGCCCAAGAAGAACAGAUGCUUUACCUGCAGGAAGAAGGUUGGAUUGACUGGGUUCGAUUGUCGAUGUGGAAACCUUUUUUGCGGGCUUCACCGCUAUUCAGACAAACACAGCUGUCCUUAUGAUUACAAGGCCGAAGCAGCAGAGAAGAUCAGGAAAGAGAAUCCCAUUGUGGUGGCUGAAAAGAUUCAGAAAUUAUGAACUGCUAUAUUGUAGCAAGACUUUCAUGUGGGAAAAAUCCAACAUGGUAUCUUGAAGAGCCCAGCUUAAUACAAAUCCUGUUUUUGUGCAAACGGAUAGGCAUGAGGUUGGCAGAUGGUUUAGUCAAUGGCUUCCUGCUGGUGGAAAUUUGCCCUGUGGUACAAAUGAAGAAGCUAUAUUAUCAAGUGUGGCAAGUUCAACCAGCAAAGGAAUAAGGUGAACUGUACCACACAUGCAGUCCCUUUUUCAGCAGUGGGCUUUUGACUGUGCCUUCUGCCUUAAUAGUCUACUGAGAUCAAGUCUGCAGGGAACCAGGCCAGUGUACCCAUUUAUGUGCCUGUAGGUACUUGUGCCCCUUCAUUACCUGAGUAAUGACCUCAUUUGGUUUACUUCUAUUUUAAUGAGCUAUUAACUUUGUGUGUCUGAUCUAGAUGAUUAUAUUCCUUUUCUCCCCUCAGGAAAUUACUUGAUAUAUAACAGGCACCUGGAAUUGUCCAGUACUCUACAGACCGAAAGAAUGGACUUAGAAGUUGCCAUGGUACACAAGAAGAAAUGAUGUUGAAAUCAAUCUAAUAAACUAAUUAAAAUUAGUUUUCAGUGUUAAAUGAAAAAGCUAAAAAUUGCAACUGUCAAACACUAUGCUGUGUAUCAUGGCUGCUUUCUGAGUUUAAAAGGUUUAUUCAUACAGGUAAGUAUAGAUACAUUAAUGACAAGAUUUCUAAAGUAUUUUUAUGGGUCUUUAUAGCAAGCAGGGGUUAGCCAAAAGGGUCUUUACCCAGGCAAAUUAGAGGGACAGUAUCUCUUUUUUUUAGUAAGCUUGCUGUAUCAGAUUUAGUGAUGGAUUAUACCAAAAGAUCACAAUCUAUUUUUAAUGUCAACCACUUUUGUGGGGAUCUUCACAGCAUGACUUUAACAGAAAACAAAAAAAAAAAUCCAUGACUGGCAAAUGACUUGGGUUUUCUUUGCAGUAUUAUUGUCUUUAUUGAAUUUUGGAUGAAAAUCAUUGGGGUUGUAGCAUCCAGAUUUAUUUUGAGGCAACCUGGAGCAAGAGAAGGUCAUUCUGUCUCAAAUGGAUGUGACACUGGUUUGGGUGUGGCCCGGUUCACUGCACACUUCAAGCUGAGCUACAUGCAAAUAAAUUGCAGUGUUGCGGUCUUAUACCUAUUUUUUUUCCUCCCUCCUUCCUUUUUAAUAACUAAAUUCAGCUUUGAUAGUUACUCACUUUGUAACAAUGUACAGUUUAAACUUGUAAAUUGGAAAGGGAUGUGGGUGGAAGACGCUGAUGACUGAAUGCCUUGGGUGCUAGUUGUGUGCUUUUCUUUUUCCCAUGAUUUCCUUCCUUUAAUGAAAAGUAUGGUAUAAAAUGAUAAUAUAUUGUAGUUUGCUUGAAUUGUGUGUUUCCGGUCAUGUUAGUUAAGUUUUGGAUUUCUGAAGUUUUGACCAGAUGUUGUGCACAUGCUCUUAACUGUAGCCUUUCACUGUAUAUUACAUCCAAACCAAGCAACUGAUCUGUUAGCAUUAUAUCUCUUGUGAAACAUAUUUUUCUUUCUUGGCCCACACACAAAUUAUGGGGGAAAACAAAUCAAAGCACUGAUUCAAUUGCCACCAUGUUUCAUGCAAAAUAUCUAGAGACCCUAGUUCAUGGUGUGCACUUAAAAAGGAAAGUAGCUUCUCAGGAGUAGAGUUUGAUUUACAAUCUGUUCAAUCCAAUAUAUACCUGGUAAAUGGAUUGGGGUACUGAGGACAAAACAUCCUGAGCAAAAAAAAUUGAGUAGGCAAUUAUUUGUCCAAGUUAGGAUUGAGAUGGUAAAGUAUAAUGUACUUUUAUUUUAGGCUUCACACUGUUAAUUUAGUUUGUAAAAGUAAUUUUCCCUCAAGUUUUUGUGCUGUGGUCAAUUUCCACCUUCACAAAUCCUGAGACUAAUGUGAACUUUGUGAAGUCAAACACAUAUCAAUUUUGUUGGCCUUUCUGUGCUAGACUUUCAUUGCAUAUCGGAGGAAUGCAAAUCCAAAUGUUAUAUUUUAAUAAACACCAGCAAUAUUAGUCGGUGAAACAUUUAAUUUUGAAAGCUUACAACUCCUAUGCAAUUGAAAUAUGUACUCCAAUCAUAAUGACAAACUUUUAACUGCAAAAUACAACCAAUAAAAAAGCAACUUCUUACAAAGUCGAAUAAUGUUAAAUGUGCAUUACAUCAGAUCAGUAUCACUCCUUCACUCAACACUCCUAGCCUCUUCAAACUGCCUACUAGUAUCAUGGAGUUGCUGUUUCUAUUCUGGGGAGAAAAAGGCACCACAGUUGACAUCAACUAAGUCUUGUAUUGAUGCUGCAGUUUUAGUUGUGUUGAAAAUUAAGUACAAGUUGUACCUCAGCUUGUGGAAAAUUUACAUAUCCAGCAAAUUUAUAGGAGAAUUAUGAAGAUGGAAUACUUCAAUGUUCAUCUUGGGAAUGGUAGCUGAAUCUCAAGCCAGUCCAGCUCUGCAGAGGGCUGAAGUGUAUGAGCCAACCACCAUGGUUUAUUAUUAUCCAAACUUAAUUCUUUAAAAAUCAGUGACUUUGAUGAAAGAAGACUGGUUUUCUUUUGAAGCAAUCUUUAAUGUUGCUGCUUUUAAACUUGUUUAAAGAAUUUUCCUCACACUGUGUAAUGUCAUAAAUUCUCUUUAAGUUAGUUGUUUCAGUAUGCAUGAAUUGUGGAGAGAAUACAAAGCCACUGUUAAUUAUGUUUCUGAUUUUUAUUUCAGAAAAUUCAUUUAGCAUUAUUCUUAAUUGGAUUUACCAUGUUAAAGAGUCUUAGUUAGACUGUGUCAAUAUGAUGCCAGUCCUCAAAAUGACUGGUGCCCCACAUAAACCCAGGUAAAUAUCAAAAUCAAUUUUAGUCAAAGCAUUAGUUAAAUUAACAAUACUUAUUGCUCUGAUUGGCACACCAUUCAGGAAUAAACUUCCAUUUAUAGUUUAUCAUUAAUGCAUUUUUCUUGAAUUACCCAUAAAUUAAAUCUUUGCAGUGCAAGCUUUUGGAUAGGGGGAUUUCUGUCUGAAUCAACAAAGUUUGAAUAGUCCUACCCUGUAUUUAGCUCUUCACCAUGUCUCAACAAAGGGUUUUGUUGUAAAUUGUCCAACAUAGCGGCCAGUCCUUUCACAGCAAGGUGCUUACUAACCACUGGCUGGAUCAACAAUUAUUUUCACUCUGCAAAGGUUGAGUGUGCAGUGUUGCCUGCACAGGGAAAGAACUUCCCAGUUGUCUUGGAAAAAUUCUGUGGUGCAUUUCAACAUCAAACUGAACUAGAGACAACCAGUUAAGAUCUCCACAUUGUCACUCUAAACAGCAAUUCCAAUACUGCAGUGUUUCCUAGAAUGUAUUGAACACUAAGAAUUGUGUUUGUCAUGUUUAGAAAUUUCCUGGCUUGAGUAGAAUUAUCUUCCUCAUUUUGUUGCAUGUUAAUACUAAUGCUGCAAUACAAUGUGUUCAGCAGUUGAGGAAAUAUCAUGAAUUGGUUAACAUAUAAAAUGAAAGUAGGCUUUUGCUAUUAAAAGGCUGAACAAUGCUAUUUUAAAUUCAAAUUCAUGCAGGUGAAAAUGUGUUAUAACCUUCUGUCUCCUGUGUUUAAUGUUCAUUUAAAACUGUAGAGACUAUAGUUUUCACAAAGUAUUUGCCCUGUUUUUGAUGCAGCAUAUUUUGUGUCAUUGAUUUAUUGUCUAAUUGCAUAGCAUUUUAUAAGCACUUUCAAAAAGGCCUAUAUAACCCAUUUUUACUUGGAUAAAAAUGUUUAUUCACAGUCAUUGCUUUUGUUCAUGAUUCACAUCUUAUCCAUUGGGAAGCACUCUUUGUCUUCAAUGUAGAUAUUGCUUCGUUUUAUCCAUCAUGCCCCCAGCUGCUGCUUUCCUUUGCCCUUCACCUUUCGUUUGGACACAGCUUGCUGACAAGAAAUUGUCUUAGGUGACUUGUCACACUUGGAGCUGGCAGUGAGAAUUUAAUGUGAAUAGUAUGCUGUAACAAGGACUUUUACUUUGAAAACCUCUCCUUCUGGAUAAUAUGCAGCAAGUCAAAGGGAGCUCUUUUUGUGCUUAUUUAUUUUCCCAGAGAAACAAUCAUACUCUAAAAUUUUGAUCUUUAUUUAUUGAAACUUUAAGUACAGAAAAUGCUGAACUUUUAUGUUCAGUUUGCUUAGUAGUGGUUUGGAUGAGCAUCUGUAAGGUGAAACGUGACUCGGCAUUUAAAUCACUAGACAAUUAGUUGCAUUAUUGAAAUUUCAGAGCCCUUUUUAAAAAGGACAAAAUACACAAUGAUAUUUUAAAGGAAAGUACAUGACCAUUUUAAUGUCCUUUUUCUUUUGUCCAGUGGGAAAUGUCCUUACUCUUAAGACUGAAUGAGAGAUUCUUGUUUCGGCAGCAUAGUGAAACAUUGUCCUAGCUUCCAAACUCUUCUCUACUGAUUGUUGCAAUAUAACAUGCAUAAAUCAAAGCUGAAGUAUUUGAUCAUAUGAUUGUCAAGUUUGAUUUUCAGUUUGAAAGGUGCGGUUUUGCCAAGCAUGCGCACAAGUAUGUGGUAUCCCAGACAUAACUUGAUUUUGUGGGUCGGUCUACCUGGAUUGAAUUCUUCAUUUUGUUUUAUAAAAUAAAUUUAUUCUAGAUAUCUUUUUUUGUGUGGAAGAUUAAAUUUUUUAGAUUAGAGUUGAGAAUAUGAAUUUUGCUACAUUUAACUUAAAAUAUGUUCUUCAUAGCUGAAGUUUUGAAUACUUAAGAAUUCCUGAAACACUUUCAUUGUUAAUUCUUGCAUUUUAUUUGAAAUGCCUGGUUACUAUUGUGGCUAAUUUUGCCUCUUUAAAAGUGCUGUCCGUAAUUCUUAGUACAUAAAUUUUGUCACAUCGCAAAUUAACUUUAUGUAAUCUUUCCACUGCUAAGCAGUUUUGUUUUACAAGGUUGAGUCUAAAAGCAUCUUCACUAUAAACUGAGCCUGGUUUCUGAGUGGAAUUACUUCAUCAGCUGCACAGGAGGCAAGAAACCAUCACGGGACCAACUGAUGCACAUGAAGAUUCAUUACGUCCCCGUGAAGCCUCAAAGACUGGACUUAAUGGUGCCUUUUGAAAUGGAUUUUUUUUUUAUAAUUACGUGGGCUUUUAGUACACUGCUCCUUGUAAUGAAGUUAGAUUACAUGUAGCAUUUUUGAUUUUUUGUGUGUGACUUGGUGGCAGCACUGAAAUUUAACUAGCUGCUCUUUUUUUUUAAAUUUUUAAUCUUCCUCACUUUAUCUGCUUCCCUAUAAUAAAUCAUGGCAGGAUUAGUCACUGAAAUUGGUAAGGGUUCAUAAAGAAAUUGACUGAUUCAUGAUCUAAACUUUAAGGAUGGAUAUUUCUGCAAACGGGGAAAAAAAAAGAACUGGGCUAAUACAGCCUCUAAUCAAAUGAAAUCCUAGCAAUUUUUGAGAGGGAGCAGAUGCAUUUUGCGAUGACCCAUAUUCUGGAAGAGUGGUAUAUGAUGUGCUGCAAAUACAGAAAACUCUGAACAAAGCUUCCAUGACCAUCAGUACCAUAAAACUGGGUUGUUAUUCUUUGAUGGGAGUGGAAUAUUGCCUCUGGUCAGCAAUGUCACCAUACAUUACCUGUUUUUCUAUUGUACUUCAAAACUAGAGGUGAAUAGUUUAAUGUUCAUUUAAUGAGUUGCUUCAUAAGUGACCCUCUUUAAUGCGUUUUAUUUUCAAUGUGUGGUUUCUUGCCCAGCAAAAUGCAGGCUUCUGGUUUUAAUUGGUGCAUACACUUCAUUUACUUUUGUUAUAUUUUACAACAUAUUGACUGCAUUUAUUGUACAUUAAUUCACUAAAACCCUAGGAUUUUGAAUUUGUACAGAGCACAAUUUAUUAUAUUCAAGCAAUACUUGAUUUAGCUUGUGUUUGGAAAAUGCAAUGUGUAAAUAAAUUCUUGUACAUAUAAGGUACCAUAUAAGGUGACUUCUUGUCAGAGACUUGUUAACACUGCCUGGUUUUCACUUAAGGGUUAUUCUGUUGAAACACUAAAAUGUAACAUUGUAUAGAUUUAAAGAUAGUCUGUCCUAUGCAAUUAUCACAUUCUUCCCAAAAUAACACAAUUCUGCUCUAGAGACAUGAGAAUAUUCUAUUGUCCCAGUUUUGUGUUAAUUAGAUAUAUCCAACAAAUGAACAUUAUAGAGAUGUAACUCCAUCCAAGCACUGCUGUUGGAUAGGAGCCUUUGAUAGAAGUGACACAUGUACUGUUGAGUGACUAUAAAUGGGAGUGUGUGCAUUGACUUUAAGUUGAAACAAUUUUGCAUUAAUUGCACUUUAUGGGAGAGCUAUUUAAAUUUGUAUGAGUGUUCUUUUAACUCUCAUUGGUUCUAAGUUUAAACUGAGUUAUUUGUGUACUGCAUUGUAGUACUUUGCCUCCGUGUACCAAGAUUAGAAGUAUAAUUGUGCAGAGGUUCACAGUAUCUGACUCCAGGACUUAAAAGCAGACUUUUAUUUGCCGACCAACAUUUCUACCAAUAAGCAUGAAGGUGCCUAAAAUAGAGGACUGCUUAAAAUGUAGCAAUAGCAUAUUGGAAUUCAAUCAUAAUACUGCAUGAUUUUUCACCCUCAUCUAGUUAAAAAUUUGUAGUUUCAUUUGUACACAAUAUGAUUUAUCUAGCUCAAGAAUAGAUUUCACCCAACGCGCAAAAUAAAAAGAACAAAUCACACAAAUGGCAAAAAAAAAGCAAAAAACAUAGAAUAUAAAACAACAAGUCACAGUCAUUGAAGCAGUCUGGGAAUGUUCAGUUCAAUUUACCACUGUAUCUUAUGUUGACUGCAGGCUGCAGAGCCUGCUGCCCUGAUCAGAAUUGUGCAAAAUAGCAAUAAAAAAACCCCAGAAACAUCAUAGCAUGAACUAGUGUCCAAUCCACAAACCACAUUCAUUACACUUUACCCAAGACUCCAGCAACGAGAGGGAGAGACUGACUGGUCAAGUGCAGCAGACGGUGCGGAACACCACCUUACCUUCUCUCGUCCUCAUUGAUUUCACUCCUGCUCGAUGCGAAAUUGACUCGCUGGUUCUGUAACUGCUGUGCUUCUAUUUGCAAAAUGGACAAAGGCUGAUCUCUGUUAAAUAUCUGAUUGUAAUGCAGUACCGAAAGAAUUAUCCUAAGGAAUCUCCCAAGCUAAAUAAAUCUUAAAGUCUAGUAUUUAAUUAAAACUUGCAGCUCAGUUUUGAUAGAAUUAUAUGUUCCUUUCAGUUUUGGAGCACAGAUCUGCAGAGUAGAGAUGUGAGAUAUCCUGAGUUAAAAUCUUCAUUUAAAGACUUUGAGGUUCCUUGUGAUUUAGUGACGAUAUAAAAUAUCUGGAGCAGGCACUUGAAUUAAUCUGUGAGUUGAAUGGGGUAGGAGGGUGGGUGGAUGGAAAUUGGCCAUUAAAAGACAUAUACACGGCUUCCUGUGUCUUAUCAAGAUUAGACACCCAAGUUGUUUGAACCAAGCAACAUGGGAAAGGUGAUGGAAAAUCUUUAAGCUUAAAGGUAAGGUUAGUUCAUUUCAGACGUUGGCCAAGAAUUAUUGAAAGUAUAACAAUUCAAUUUGC